GAUGGUCGCAACGUUUUCACAUAUAGACUGUUGAGCACCUAAAAUAUGCCUGCUAGCUACAUGACUCAUUUUCCUACUAGGUCAUGAAAUGUUUCGUAAUCAUAUGGGCCUAGAUAAUAAACAACAACAAGAACAUUCUUGAUGUUUGAAACUUGCGUCCCUGGGUGGGGGGGACUACCUGGUCACAGAGCCACCCACGAUGCGAUGUUGGCGCGCUGAAUUCUGGGCUCUUUUCUGUCCUCCCAACUCCGUUCAUUCUCAUCCUACUCCCCGGCUGGAAAAAUGGCUGCUUUAGCGGCAGCGCAGGGCUCAAACCCCGGUCUCUGCCCCAGUUUCGCAGUGGUCUGCUCGUUCCUGGAGCGCUACGGACAAGCCCUGGACCUCCCCGAACUCACGUUUCCGCAGAUGGAGCGGUAUCUCCGGGACACAUCGACAGUUCCCAAACCACUGGUGGAGCUGCAUGUCAAGCUCCUGAGGAAGCUUGGCAAGUCUGUGUCAGCAGACAAGUGGGAGAGGUACCUGGCUAAGGUAUGCCAGGACAUCAACAGUAGCUGGGCUUGGGAGCUGGAACACAAGGGCUACCAGGAUUUGAGCAUGGAGUGCAAAACCAGCAUCCUCAAAUACCUGUGUGAGAUCCAGUUUGAUGACAACCUAAAGUUCAAGACGUUGGUGAACGAGGAGGAGGCGGAGGCAAUGAGGCUGCAGCCCUUGGGCAGAGACAGACAGGGCCUCAUGUACUGGCUGCAGACUGACACCCAACACAACAUUCGCCUGUACACAGAGGAACAGGACGACUGGGACGGAUCCACCUGGAGAUGUAUCGUCAGAACCCGGAACGACUUGGCCGAUGCUCUGGACCUCCUGAAGACUCAGCUGGACCCAGAACACAAGGAGAAAGAGGAGGGAGAGACGGAGAGAGAGAAAGAGAUGGACAGAGAGAAGGAGGGAGGAUCCAACUUUGCCAAACCUGUGGGGAGGGGGAGAAGACACACAGAGGAGGGCGAAGCUAGAGGAGAGGUAAAGGAGGAGGAAGAGGAGAAGGCAAGACAGAAGAGGAAGGCUGAGGAAGACAAGAACAAGAGUAAAGAGAGGGAGAAGAAGGAGGAAGAGGAGGAUAAGCGAGAAAAGAGUAGAUCAUCUACCUACCCAGAAUCCACUAGUACGGAUGACAACAUGGCAUCGUUAGCAGAGAAGGAAAACCCAACCAAGCCUGAACCGUUAUUCUCAGUGAAAGAGGAAAACAUUGCAGUUGAGAUGAAGGAAGAAAAGGAAAUGAAAAAAUGUGAUGAGAAAGAAGAGGGAGAGACACAGAGUGUGAGGAAGGAGGAGAAGUCAGAAGUGAUUGACAACAGAGUGAGCACCAUCACUGCGCUCGUCAAAGAGGAGACCCAAACGCUUAACAACUCCCCUAGCAAUGCUGUCUCCGUCGUCAUGGCGCCCGUCUCGGCAACGACAAAACAGGAAGUUCCUCCUGUGAAGGAGGAAGCGGAGCGGGCCCUGAGGACCGACCAGCAGGCUAAGAUACCACUGAAGAAGAGAGAGCUCUUUGGCGCUAACCGUCACCAUAGCAACACACAUCACAACAAUGACAUGCACAGCAACCAACACAACAACAACAGCCAUAGCAGCAGUACUAGCAGUAGCAUCAUCGUCCGUAACCCUUCAGUAACACAUACCAAGGAGGAGCAGCUGGGGAGGCAGUCAGCGCCACCAGGGGGCCUAGCUGUCCCACUGCCAGAGGAGCUGACCAAUGGGGGGGCUCCCCUAAACGGGGUUGGAGGGCUCACAGGGGGUAUAGGUCAUGUGGGGGUCAUCUGCAGGUCGGCCUCGCAGCAACAAGAUGGCGGAUCAUUCUGUACGGACAGAACCAGACCAGGGGCAGAGGAGGGGGCGGAUAGGGCCAGAGCUCCAGACAAGGAGAGGAGCAGGCAGUCAGUCCUGGUGAGGAAGAGUCCUGGCUGGGGAGAGACUGGAGCCCCAACACCCCUGCAGCCUAGAGGACAGGAGAGACAGGCAGGAGGAGAGGAGAGGGAAAGGAAGGAGAAAGGACAGAGAUUGAGGGAGAGGUUAGGAGAGGAUGGAAGAGAGAAAGCGAGGGAGAGGUUAGAUGGAGACCUGUCUGGAGAGAGGGAUGACAACCCAAAAGAAAAAGAAGAGAAAGACAAAAAUACCACCCUCCAUAUGGAGAAAAGCGAGGGAUGCCAUGGAACAGAGGAAGAGGAGAAGAACAGUACCUCAGGAGAGAAGGAGCAGGAGCCAGAGAGCAGCCAGACUGUAGAAGGACAGAGGGACCAGGGAGAGGCCCUCAGCACAGACACACCAGCCCAUGCUGGGGUGAGGGGAGCUGGGCAUGGAGCAGCAGACCGGCCGGGUCCCCUUGAGGCCUCCUCUGAGCUGCAGAAAGAAGGGAUCAGGCUGAAGAUAAAGAUCCCUCCCAACCAGAGGAUAGAGAACGUGAGAGAAGAGGAGGAGAAGGGGGAGGAGCAGGGAGAUGGGAGGUCUCUGCGGAGAUCGGCACGGAUCUGCAGACCCAGCCCAAACAAGGUGAAGAGCCAAGACGCACCCCCAGGAGUGAGGAUGGAAGAAGAGGAGAAGACUGCUCAAUGGCAAAAGAAGAAAGCAAACCCUGAGGGACAAAGCAGGACUGUAAAGAGCAGACGAAGACAACGAGGCGCCCGCUGGUCAAACACUCGAUCGAAGAGAUGCAAACCAAACGAGGGAGGAGAGGAGGGGGAGGAGAGAGGGAGGAAGGAGGAGAGAGGGAGGGAGGGAAGUAUUUGUGACUCAGAUGACUCUAACCAAUCAGAGGAGAUGCCUAAUGAAGAUCCCUGCAGCCACUGUGGACUCCCCAACCACCCUGAACUGAUCCUGCUGUGUGAUUCAUGUGAUAGUGGUUACCACACCGCCUGUCUCAGACCCCCUCUCAUGGUCAUACCUGAGGGAGAAUGGUUCUGCCCGCCCUGCCAACACAAACUGCUGUGUGACAGACUAGAGGAGCAGCUGCAAAAUCUGGAUUGCGCUCUGAAGAAAAGAGACCGAGCUGAGAGGAGGAGGGAGCGUCUGGUGUAUGUGGGAAUCAGUGUGGAGAACAUCAUUCCUCAGGAAGGGGAGGAAGAAGAGGAGAAACUGGUGAAAAAGAAAGAUGCAAAAAAUACCAAAAACCUGGGAAGGAGGUCUACCAGAACCCGGAAGUGUAUCAGCUACAGGUUUGAUGACUUUGAUGACGCCAUUGAUGAAGCGAUAGAGGAAGACGUCAGGGAUGAGGAUGGAGGAGAGGUGGGGCGGGGUAAGGACAUGGCCACCAUCCUAUCGGAGGAGGGGAAGGAGAAACGAGGACCAACCACAGCUCAGGCCCCUCCCACCAGGAGCAGGAAGAGGCGGAGACUCAACGACCUGGAGAGCGACAGCACGGCUGCAGAGAGCGAGGAGGAGUUUCAGCUCAGCGCCAGUACGGAGGAGGAGGAGUUUGUAGCGUCAGGUGAUGAGGAAGCAGCCAGUGAUGUGGACAGCUUUGCCAGCGACCCGGGCUUCGUAAACCAGUCCACACGUGCACAGAGACGGGCACCUAAACAGAGAACCUCCAGGACCGCAGCAAAGUGCAAGAAACGCCCAUGCAGACGGAGGAGAGGAUGGGGGGAGGAGGAGAGUGAAGAGGAGGAAGAAGAGGAGAUGGAGACCAGUGAUUUGAGUGACAGCGAUGGGGACAGGAAGAGGUGUGGUUUAAGGAGGGGCCGGAAGCGGGAGGUGAACUACCGCGAGACGUCAGAAUCCGAGUGUUCCCAGGCAACCACCAAUAAGGACAAGGCCAAACCCCGCCGCCGUCGUCUCUCCAGCUCAAACAGCGAUGAAUCCUCCCAUUCGAGAGAGUCUGAGGAGGAAGAGAAGAGAAUGAGGGGAAAGAGGCAGAAAGAAGAGGUGGAGGAGAGUAGAACAAGGGGAAAGAAGAGGAGAGGAGAGAAGAUGGGCAGAGGGAAGCGGAGGGAGGUGUUGAUAGAACAGCGGAGGAAACGUCUAGCUCUGCUGAAGAAAAGAAGACCCUCCACUAAAGAUGAUGAGGAUGAUAACGAUGAAGGGGAAUCGGAGUCGUCAUCCGAGGAAGAUCGUCCUAUCCGCAAACGACUUAACCGCAUCGACUCUGAUGAAGAGGAGGAGAAAGAGGGGGAAAAUGAGGACGAGGAAGAAGAGGAGAAGAAGCUGAGAAAGCCAUCGUCAAAAGACAAGGAAUCAAACAGCCCUAAUGGACAGCAGGCCUCUAGAGGCUCAACACAGCCUGGGUCUGAGAGUGCAGCCUUACCCAGAGCCAGAGCUGGGCAGAACAGGUCUAACAGCCCCCAACCUCCUGACCAGUCAGACGCAUGAUGACAUACAGACUGUUACUUUUAGUUAUAUUUUGUUUUACUUUCUUGCCUUUCACCAACAACCUUUCAACUGGAUCUCUCAUUACCUCAUCCCUCCUUCCCUUUCUCCUUUCCCUCCUCCUCCCUUCCUCUAAACAGGAUGAAUAACUACUGGACCAAACGCACUAGCGCCAUCCAACACACAACACAAUACACAGCCAGAGGGUGAAGGACUGUCCUGAGCACCAGACAGACACCCUCCUUAGCUGUUUUCCAGCUGUUCUGGACUGUACAUAGAUACUCUCUCUGCUCGGCUGCUGAUCCUGUAAAAUACUAGAUGUUCCCUUCUCUGUCUCCCUCUAAAAUAGUGUUCUAUAUACCAUGAAGGAGAGAGCGAAUGGACUGGAGCGUUUAAUUAUCCCAUAAAAUAGUGUGAGUUGGAUGUUUUAAACCAAUGGAAGAGCUGCUCCUGUUGCUCUGCUGUGAACCAGGAAGAUAACUACCAGAAAGAGAUUCAUACAGGCUGAUUCAUCUCAAAUGACACUUUGCAGAUUUGACCACAGUUACAACUACAGUGGGGGCUGGCAGAUGAACACUGGCAAACUAUCUAACUAGCUAUGUUCAGUAAAUCAAUUCACUGUUGGCUUUUAUGUGUUAGUUGAAGUGUUCCUUCUCUCACUCAGUGAGGACUGAAUAAUUUAUCUACAGUAGUCUACUACUCUCCAGUCCAGUCUAUACAUUCUACAACCUAGUACUAUUUGAGAAGAUGGGGUCAUAUAAGUCAGAAAAAGGACUGAAACAGGGAGGGACUACCUGAACUUGCAAAAUGUUUUGCUGCUGUGUGCCCUAAUGAAUAUGGCCCCAGAUGUGAAUGCUGUAUCUGGUCCUCAGUCCACUGUCUGUUCUGUUUUCAUCCUCAGAGUUCCAUCUGAACCUCUUGUAGAUUCUAUCAUUCCAGCUCACUGUUCUUAUGUUUUCUCCCCCCCAAAAUAUCAAAUAUUUUGAAAUGUUCAGUCUGAAAAAAAGAAAUCACCCUGUUAUUCAUCCACAGUGUAUGUACAGUAUGUUUAUAGUUGAUGCUGUAACAUAGGUGUUUUAUAAGUUAUUAAAAACCAAUAUUCAAGCA